AUGGUCGUGUUUCCUCCUUGGAGAGCGUUCCUUCUACUGCUGCUAAGCGUUGCGUUAGCAGAAGACUCACCACCCGGCCUCGUCAGCAAAGACAGCGAACAGGAUCUUGUAGCUGAAGCAUCACAAUCAGGUGCACAAGCUCAGAAGCGUGAUGCUGCACUUUCCAAUUCAUAUGGUGAGCCACUGCCGGCCAACGCAUACGGACCACCGCUGGACUUAAACAUUAUUCCAGAUAUUCAACUACCGGCACCUAUCUACGGAGUACCAGAUAUCAAAGGCUUCCCCGACACGCCGCCAGGAGCUUACGGACCCCCCUCACCUGUAGUCUUCCCCAACCAGCAAUACGAAGGUCCACCGCCACCUGUCUCCAAACCAAAACCUAUCUACGGCCCGCCGAAACCGAAACCAGUGUACGGACCACCGAAACCUAUCUACGGUCCUCCAAAACCAGUAUACGGACCACCAAAGAAAACGUACGGUCCACCUAAAUUUACAGUACCAAAGCCAAAUUAUGGUGCACCAUUCAAACCACCGAAGAUUACAUUCCCGAAACCAGUAUACGGUGUACCGAAACCGGUUUAUGGUGUUCCAAAACCAGUGUACGGGCCGCCUAAGAUCAAUUACGGAGCUCCAUUAAACGUAAACAAUUUCCAAUUACCAGAUCUGUCAAAUCAAAUCUUCCAACAAAACGUUGGCGUCGGUAAUUUUGAUUUGGGAUUAAAUCUACCAGCUCCGAUAUAUGGAACUCCUUUACCUAGUCUUCCAUUGGAUUUGAAACCUAACUUCCCAAUACCAUCAGACACUUAUGGUCCACCGGGUCACAUAUUAGGACCAGUAGGACCUAAUGACCAAGUAGUGGUCCACGAUUUCGAUAAUGGUGGACAUUACGGUCCUCCACAACCGGAUCCGAACCCGAGACCACCUCAUCCAGGUAUCCCAGCACCACCUACUCCUCCUCACGUCUUGUAUGAUGGAUGGAAACCGAUUCCUGGAGUAUCCAAACCAUUGGUAGAACAUGUUGACAUACAUACAUCUAAUAUUCACGCAUCAAAUAUUAAUACAGCAUCCCAUAUACACAUAGACGAUCAGUACGGACCACCACCUCCUGUUCCACAAGUGCAAGAAAUCCACGUAAACUUAAAUGGUAACUUACAAAAUGUAAACCAAGGGUAUUCGAACGCACAAAUAUCAACAGGCUACUCCAAUGUACACCAAGAUGCAUUAGCGAAUAUCGAUUUAAACGCAAUCGUUGGUGGUGAUUCCAAUCACAUCGAUCAAUCAAAGACUGUCUUCGAAGCGCAUUACACUGAAAACAAUCCUCAUGGUAAUCUAUUAAUCCAAUCAACAGGAUUCGACAAGCCAAUAGAUAGCUACAGCGCUCCGCCGUUAGACUCAUUAUCCAAUGGACCGUACCCACCUUCUUUAAGACAACAAGGAGCAAAGCUCAUAUCACCUACAAAUAUCUACGGAGUACCUAAACCUCAUGCCAACUUACCAUUACCAUAUGGUACAUUCUCCGGUGGUGGACACUCCAUACACACUGGAGGUAACACACCAAAACAUCCUAUCAAAUUCAGAGAAUCAGUACCUGAAGGAUUGAUACAGCAAAUCGGGCAUACAGUACACCACAAAGAUUCUCAUGGUAUAGAUCAUUUGAAACAAGGACCAGGAUAUUUACCCCCACCUAUUAGAGAAAUAAAAGACAUAAACACACAAACCGGUAACCAUGGAUACAACGGUGUAUCCGUAUCUAUAGAACCAUCGAAUCUAUACAGUUUACCACAUUCAGGCAGUCCAAUAAACUUCCAAAAUCUUCAGCAACCUAGCAAUUUAUACGGAUCACCAAUAGAUUCGUAUUCUGCACCUUUACUAACUGUAGGCGACCAUACAGCUUCAGGAUCAAGCAAUAACGCAGUCACCGCUACUAUUGAUGGAACUAUCCUAGCGAACCUAUCUAGCUUAGAAGCUGCAGCAAUAUUAAAGCAUUGCCCAUACCAUGAAGCUAUUUUAAAAGCUGCGAAAGCAGGAGAGAAAAUCCCAGCUGAUUUAGCAUCGAAAUAUGUAGCUAGCUUAAGUUCUUUAGGCUCAACAUUCGCUAAAAAUCAUCAAAAUAUUAUAACAUCACAAAACAAUUUCAAUAUACCAGCACCGGGCAGUGAGUCUGUUUCGUAUAAUACCAAAGACCUAUCCACUGCAUCACACACCUUGGUACAAACAAUACUACCUACAAAUACAAUAAAGAAUGAAAAGACAGAAAAAACAAGCAUCCAAAAAGGUAAAUCGUUAAAAGACGAGACUGGAAAACAUACUCACAAAGAAGAAAACAUAAAUACAGUAUCAGAACAAAUAUACCAUACGUCGCAGAAAAUUAAAAAUCUAAGCGAAGAAACCAAACGUUUGCAACAGAAGUUAGCUUCGAGUAAUCAAAAUUUGAAUCAAUACGGAUCUGAAAUUCCUGUAAAAGGUAACUUAGCGACUUAUUCCUUACAAAUACAAUCGUCAGAAGACGGUAAAGGAAAAGGAAGUCCUUCCAUACCUCACGAACAAUUACUAUCAGAAGGUCUUCUACAAAGUAUCUUGCAAGCGAUAGAAGAACCUACACAAACUCAGAAAUCCACUCAAAUUAUAAAAUCACAACAAACGAUUGAUUUCGGUAAUUUAGAUAUCGGCGGUUUAGUUUUACCAGCAGGUUAUGAACCUGUUGACAGAACCAAAGACAAACCACAACAAAGAGAUCAAGAUAUACAAAGCACGAAAAACAUACAACAAAUAUUGCAUAGAGAAAGCACUAACCAUAAACAUGAAGAUCGUAUUGACUGUGAUUUGAAACCAGAUAACUCAAUAACACAUACAAUUGUGGUUCCUGCGCCUGGAGUAGAAACUAUUCAGCCAGUAAAAGAUAUCGAAGACAACGAUGUUGCUAUAUAUUUCGGCAGUUCUGUUACAGAAUCAAAUAAGCCAGUUACCGAAAUAUCAGUAGCAACUAGCAUUAGUGAAAAUAAGAACAGUAAAACAUCAAGUUUCGGUGAAAAAGUUAAAAAACGAUCAUAAAUUAUUGAAUUUAGGGUAGAUUCUAGUCUGUUAGACCAGUGAGCAACAAUGAAGUUGUAAAAUUAUAUUAAAAUAGUACAAAUAGAUAACUUUAAAUCAUAAAAUUACGUAAUAAAGAACUUAAUCCGUCCAGAAAUCUCAUCAAAAAAUUCGUUCCCAUAUAUCAUUCUUAAUUUAUUGACUUACGUCAGUCACAUUAAGUACCUUAUAUUUUGGACUAAAGAUACCAAAACGGGUAUUUCAUGAAGACUAUGAUGUUUCGUAGAUGAUUGUUGAACGCAUUAUGAAUACAAUUUUACAAAGCUCACUGGAGCCAUUUUAUAGGCUUAAAUUAAUAAAAAAUUCCAUUCUGAAUUUUAAUACAACGCUCUCGAAGUAAAAUGGACGCCAUAUUUGAUUGUUUUGACAGCUUUAUUGUUAAAAUAAAACUGUCAAGACUUUACCGCGAAAGUUUUAUUAUCACGUAAAAUUGUUUUAUUAAUUUAUUUUUUGUAUUUAAAUUAUUUAUUAUUAAUAAUCUUAGCUUUAAAGUCUAUACAGUAUUUGGGUGUAAGGUUGCUAUGUGGCUCUUGUUAAAGAAAAAAAAUAUGAAAUUAGAAAAAAUAACGUCUCAAAGUCUGUAUUGUCAUGAUUAGUGAUGUGCUAUUUAUUAAUAAGAUGUCGAUAUGAAUGAAUUUUUUGUCUGUACAA